CAAUAUGGCGGAUGGCGAGGACCCAAUGGCUGUUGAUGGUGGGUGUGGGGACACUGGAGACUGGGAAGGUCGCUGGAACCAUGUAAAGAAGUUCCUCGAGCGAUCUGGACCCUUCACACACCCCGAUUUCGAACCAAGCAAUGAAUCUCUUCAGUUUUUGUUAGAUACAUGUAAAGUUCUAGUCAUUGGAGCUGGCGGCUUAGGAUGUGAGCUCCUGAAAAACCUGGCAUUGUCUGGUUUUAGACAGAUUCAUGUAAUAGACAUGGACACUAUAGAUGUUUCCAAUCUAAAUAGGCAGUUUCUGUUUAGAUUAAUUCCUUUACUUGCACUCAGACAUUUCAACAAGAUUCAAGACUUUAACGACACUUUCUAUAGACAAUUUCAUAUUAUUGUAUGUGGACUAGACUCUAUCGUUGCCAGAAGAUGGAUAAAUGGCAUGCUGAUAUCGCUUCUAAAUUAUGACGAUGGUGUGUUAGAUCCAAGCUCCAUUGUCCCUUUGAUAGACGGAGGGACGGAAGGUUUUAAAGGCAAUGCCCGAGUGAUUCUGCCUGGAAUGACUGCCUGUAUUGAGUGCACGUUGGAACUUUAUCCACCUCAGGUUACUUUUCCCAUGUGCACCAUUGCAUCUAUGCCCAGGCUACCUGAACACUGUAUUGAGUAUGUCAGGAUGCUGCAGUGGCCUAAGGAGCAGCCUUUUGGAGAAGGCAUUCCAUUAGAUGGAGAUGAUCCUGAUCAUAUUCAGUGGAUUUUCCAAAAAUCUCUAGAGAGAGCAUCACAAUACAAUAUUAGGGGUGUUACAUAUAGACUCACUCAAGGGGUUGUGAAACGAAUCAUUCCUGCAGUAGCUUCCACAAAUGCAGUUAUCGCAGCUGUGUGUGCCACUGAAGUUUUUAAGAUAGCAACAAGUGCAUAUGUUCCCCUUAACAAUUACUUGGUAUUCAAUGAUGUAGAUGGGCUGUACACAUACACAUUUGAAGCAGAGAGAAAGGAAAACUGCCCAGCCUGUAGCCAGCUUCCUCAAAAUAUUGAGUUUUCUCCUUCGGCUAAACUACAGGAGGUUUUGGAUUACCUAACCAAUAGUACUUCUUUGCAAAUGAAAUCUCCAGCCAUUACAGCCACAUUAGAAGGAAAAAACAGAACACUUUAUUUACAGUCAGUAACCUCUAUUGAAGAACGAACAAGGCCAAAUCUCUCCAAGACAUUGAAAGAACUGGGACUCAUUGAUGGGCAAGAAUUGGCAGUUGCUGAUGUCACCACACCACAGACUGUACUAUUCAAACUUCAUUUUACUUCUUAAGGAAAAUAAAUCUGCACAUAAUAGUAAACUCAUGGAAAUAUACUUUGUGGCUAUCAAGAAACUUAACUUCAUUUUUAGCAUUGGUGUUGCUGGAAUUGACUUUUUUUAAAGAUAUGUAUACAAUGAAUGCUCUUUUUAAAAAACUUUGUAACUUACCCUUGAAGACAGACUUUUGGGGGUGGUGUCUAUAAGCGUUUUCACCACUACCCUGCGAAACGAUGCCUGCAAAGGUGAUGUGCAUUGACUUGCUUCUCCUGGACCAGAGGCAGACCGCUCGUGUGUGUGCAUCUUGUUGGUUGUGGUCAGAGAAUGUAUUCUCCAGCUUUCAGUUGCAUGCUCACACACCCCCCCGAACAGCAAUAAGACAAUGAAAUUAAACAAAGCAAAACAUUACCACCUAUCAACCAUCUAGAGCAUCAUUAAUUACCAGAGUAUUUUUUUGCGUGAUUUAAUAGUCAUUUACUUGUGGCUGUCCACAUGACUGUAAAUUAUUGAAAAGGUUUAUCUUGUCCAUAAUAAUUUGUAAAUGGUGUUAUAGCCAAAUAUCUGUGCAUGGAAAUGGGAAUAUUUUCAUGUAUUUAUUUGUGGUGCCAUAGAGGCUAAUAUGCACAUCAUUAAAGCCAAGAUGUUUAAGAAGAAUUUAAUGUUUAAAUAGUUAUCACUGAUGCUUUCACGUUAUUUAUUAAUAAAAUCAUAUAUUGUCUA